AUGUCGUCGACAACAGAUCCAGAUCCCCAACCGGGCGCGCCAGCCUUCAUCCCGCUCGAGGCCAACCCUCAGCUGAUGACGGACUUGGUGCACAAGCUCGGGCUGUCCCCGGCGCUGCAGCUUCACGACGUCUACUCGCUCACGGAGCCGGAGCUGCUGGCAUUCAUCCCGCGGCCGGCGCUGGCCCUGCUGCUCGUCUUCCCCGUCAGCGCGGCCUACGAGUCUCACCGGAUGGCGGAGGACAGCACGGCGACGGAGUACACCGGUAGCGGCGGUUCCGAGCCGGUGGUCUGGUGGAAGCAGACGAUCCGCAAUGCGUGCGGGUUGAUGGGUCUGCUCCAUGCCGUCUGCAACGGGUCUGCGAGGAACUUUAUCGAGAAGGAUUCGACGCUGGACAAGCUGCUCUCGAAAUCGAUCGACCUGACACCGGCGCAGAGAUCUCGUCUGCUCGAGCAGACGCCCGAGCUGGCGAGCGCGCACCGCGAGGCGGCCUCGGCGGGGGACACGUCUGCCCCGGACGCGCAGGACGACGUGGACCUGCACUACGUGUGCUUCGUCAAGGGAGACGACGGCGCUCUGUGGGAGCUCGACGGUCGCAGGAAGGGACCUAUCCGGCGGGGAGAGCUGUCCGGGGACGACGACGUGCUCAGCGAGGCCGGACUCAAGGUUGGGGCGCUCAAGUUUCUAGAGAGGGAAGGUGGUGAUUUGAGGUUCAGCGCUGUCGCGCUGGCCGGGUCGCUGGACUAG